UUGUCCUCUCGUUGAUCAUUUUCUUCAGUAUCAUCGAGCUUUCAAUCUCAGCCUGGCUCACGUCACGUUUUACUGCCUACCAUAACUACUUCAGUCUAACUGAACGAGACCGCACUCGUUUUCUAUUGUUCACUUCAACAUGGACGAUUGUAUUCUCCGGUCUCUACAUGUUCAUCUUCUUUUAUCUUCCAGACAAUGUCUUGGGUAGUGUGGCUGCUCAUAUCUUCUUUCUGUUUCUAACAUGGGCCUUCUGGACGGCGGGCGCUACAAGCAUAACUGUAGCUCUCAGUGGAGAGCUGAAUCGCAAGUUGGUGACAUCUUCCUAUUACCUACCGCUCACCCCCUAUCUUCCUAGCACCCAGAGCGUUUUCGCGUAUCCCGUUCAACUUAAUGCGCUAGAAGGCUUUGCUUGGGUCAAUGAGGCUCUUGUAACUUUCACAUUACUUUUUGUAAUCAUCCGCGGCAUUCUCGCAGUACGUCGAGGCAAUGGAUUGCGCGGGCCACUGAUUGUUUGAGCGGGCUGUUGUCCCCCUCUCCAUAUUACUCCAUCUACGUCAUGCAUUGUCAUUAUGGCCAU